UUUGUCUUUUAAAAAUCUUAAAACCCAAUCUUACAAAUUUUAGAGUACCUCCCUCCUCCAUCAGCAGCCUCUUAAGAACACUUAAUGACCCAUCAGUCCUCCUCCAUCAGCAGCCUCGUAAGGACACUUUAGGGACCCAUCAGCUAUUCACAUGUUAAGCACUUGAGGUGCGAACACGCCCCCCGUUAUACAGGUAUAAGUAGAAGCACACUUCUUCACUAGUUCACUUCUUUCCCUACAGACUGGAGGAACAGACUGCUGAAUCUCCGCUGCUGAUCCAGGAACACACCGCUGAAGCUACACUGCCGACUGCUUGUUCUCCGUUGCUGAUCAAGGAUCAAGAAGCUCUGAUGGCUCCCUGUCCAGUUUGCAAGAAGAUGCUGUCCUCCAUCUCUGCACACCUUUCCACAGUACAUCACGUGGAAAACGUAGAGGAGAAGAAGAUCCUGAUUCAGCUGGCGAAUCAGAAAGUGUCGAUCCUGACAUCUCCGUGUCCUGUUCCGGGAUGUGGGUAUCAGAAGACUCGUCUUGACCGCCAUCUGACCAACUGCCAUCGGGACCUGUCCGACCAGGCCAGGGAGAGAUGCAUCCAGACGGCACAGAGGAUAAAAGCCAUUACUCUCCUGAGAGAGUUGAGGGCUAGCAGUCCGAACGUGCCCAUGGCCACUCGCUUGGACUUGGCUGCUGCUGACGAAUCUUCAACGCCUGACUACGACCAAGUACUCGAGUCAGCGAAAUCUGGCGUCCUCGAUAUCAGUCGUAGACUGGGAAUGGGACAACAGGUGGAAGAGAGUCAGCAGACACUGUUCCGGUACGUCUGUGAGGCGAUACUCCUGAAGGAGCAUCAACUGGCAGAGAGUGCUGUGCUGAACUUCAAGGUAGAGCAUUGGGUUUCUCGAACCCCAUCAACCAGUGGCAUUUUCCUUGAACACUUUGGCAUCAGCCUGACUCCCCAACAGGAAGAGUGGCUGGAGAUGUACUUCGCUCACAUCAGGUCAUGGAGUGUCAAAAAGUCCAGUCCCGAUGUUCAUGAUGGAGGCAUCUUCUUUCUGAGCCAGAAAGGAGUUCCUGUGGUGAAUCUACCUAAUGAUAUGAAGCGGCUAUGGGAACUGUAUCCACAGGCUUCAGGGACCGACCUGCCAGCAGUUGCCCCCCUGUCAGCAGUUGCCCCUGCCAGCAGUUGCCAGCUGAGCUCUGCUGCAGGUUCUGAAGAGGGGGAUGAUGAGCAGCCUUCCUGCUCAGAUGCUGUGGGACAGGCAACUGGACAACCAACUACAAUGUCCUCUCUCUUUUUCACAGAUAAGUGCAAGUUCAGGAACCGCCCCUCAGAGGCCAGGGUAUACCAUCGGCUCCGUGCUGAGAACUGGUCGGCCAACUGUCCAAGCGCCAUGGAUGUGGUCAAGUCUUGGCUCCCCGUAAAGGACCACAUCAAGAGUCCAGACAUUAUCCGCCGUAUUCAGGAACAGUCUUGGAAAGGACUUUGCCUGAAAGACUUUGGGCCACCAAAGAACAAAGGGGUGAUUGCGACAAUGCCCUUUUCCAAGGGAGAGGUGGUCUGCGACUACCAUGGAGAGUACGUCACCCAAGACGAAGGGAAUCGGAGAAUGCAACAGCUUUUCAACGAAGCCUGUUACGUCUUCUUCUUUGCGGGACGUGGGGAAAAGGUCUGCAUAGACGCCCAACAUUCUCCAUGCCAGUGUCACCCACACCAGGACACGUUUGGUCGUUGGAUGAACCAUUCAAGGAGAAGUCCAAAUGUGAAGCCACACGUGUUCAAACUCCCACUCACAGAGGGAACAAGAUGGCAUCCCAUUUUCCUCGCGCUAACGGACAUUCAGGUCAACGAGGAACUACUUUGGGACUACGGUGUUCUCAGUGACGAGGGACUUGGAGGCGAAACUGUUGGACUGGACUGGCUGAAUACUUGAAUUCCUGGACAACAACCUACCCCUCUGCCAUCUCAUAUGAACUCACUGCACGCGGCACUUUACUUCACCCUGCACCACAACUCAUUCUGUACCUGUACUGUCGCCUAGUAGACUUCACUCACACACACACACACACACACACACACACACACACACACACACACACACACACACACUGUAGAUUAUUUGCACUAAGUUGCACUCAGGAUUGUCCUGUACAGGACAUACAGAGAAUUGAAAUUACGUUACUCUCCUUCCCAAUUUUACAGCAAGUACAGAUAAUAGAUAUAAUAAAGGAGAAUGGGAGACACUAUGUGUACAAUACAGCAGGGACACAAAUAGACAUACAUGAGACAAAAACAAGGUGCAGUAGUGUGGGGGAGAAAUAGAUAUAUAAAUAUAAGUAAAAAAUAUAUAAAUAUAUAUAUAUAUAUAUAAAAAAUAUAAAGAGUUUGAUUCCAAAACGCGAAAAACGCCAUUUAAAAAAAAAUGAGUUAGAGCCAGAAUCAGAAUGUUAUGUGACCACUCUUGAAAAGCCAAUAUUCAAUUUUCAUCAAAACGCCCCAUCCGCCGUGUAAUACUGCCCUGUUUUCUCUCUUUCUUUCCAAAAUGCGAUAAACGCCAGUCUUGUUUUUCCGCAGAAUGCCACAUCUCCACUCAUCCAAUCACAGGGCAGCAUUCCACGAGCUAUAGAAUGUAAACACGCGCCUUGUUGAGCCGCCGGUAUUUCGUGUCGCCUACUUUCACUUUCGUUUUUCACUCUCAAAGUCCGCGAAAAUGAGCGGUUUCGAUGGUAUAGAGGAGCCUGUUCGUGAAGCAGUUAUUGGAAAAAAAGAGAAAGCCAUCAAAAGAGUCUCAUGGACGUGAAAAGGUAAAGAAAAUGGGGCAUUCAGGAGGGGGG